GGGGAAACGGUCCAAACCGUACGUGGAGACGUCACAUCCACACAUUCGUCGUGCAUUCGUACAACAGACAACAUGCUGGUCUCUGGGAUUUUCCUGACAUUUCUGGGGCUAGCCGCUGCUGGGAAAAUUGCCCCAAAUGAAGAUAAGGGACCUCACCAUUCUACCAAGAAGGAGCUUAAAGACCCCAACAGGUUUCCAAGGAAAAUCCAGCAGUCAGAAAGCAAAGGCAGUGGAACAGAUGUAGAUCCUGCGCUAGUCUAUGCUCUGCCCCCCGUCGGACUGCUCCACCAAGGAAGAGGGUUUGGCUACGGCGGGGCACGAGCAGGCUACGGAGGGGCAGGAGCGGGCUAUGGCUCGGCAGGAGCGGGCUACGACGCUGCUGCACUCACAUCCUUCCUUGGGGCCCAACUACAUGAGGGAAACCAAGAAGUCCUAGUACAAGCCAAGAAGCCAGUCUACCACGCUGCUCCGGUUGACUUUGGCUCCCUCUUGGCCAAUCAUGUGACCCCAGUCCAGGAGUCUAAGGAGGAGCCCAGCAAGGGUGGAGCCCUACAGUCCCUGGGUAGCCAAGGGGGCGGAUUCCUCCCAUCCCUAGGUAGCCAGAGCAGUUCAGCAUACCACACUGCCCAAGCAGUACAGGAGGCUGCUCAUAGUUUUAUCCACGCUCCCAAAUACUACAGCCAGGAUCAACAUGAAGAUGAGUACAAGGACUACGCAGCCAAGUACCAGUUUGGGUACAGGGUGCGUGACUUGCACACAGGGAAUGACUUUGGUCAGACCGAGUCCAGAGAUGGACAUUUGACACAGGGUCACUACCACGUGCUGCUCCCUGAUGGUAGACUGCAGAACGUCCACUACUGGUCAGACCAUUCGGGAUUCCACGCCAAAGUCUCGUACAACGGAUUCUCCCAUCACUGAUCUAGACUGAUCUGACGGCUUCCAUCUCAAAGAUUAGUUUAAGGAAAAAGAUCUUGGCCAUACUCGGUGCCUUAACUUAGGAAAUAGGAUUAUUGCCAUAGUUAGGAUUAAGUUUACUCUAUUUCGCCACUGACUUAUGGACGUUGAAAUCCCUUUUGUAAUUAACCACGUGUUGCAAAUAUGCUAUUCAAGGAGAACACAGUAUGUUCAUCUCAAAGAGUGUGCCACAGUAAAGAAUUCUAUUCCUCAUUUAUGUUUUGUCAAAUUAAUUUAAAACGCUAAUGCAAACGAUGCUUCAAAUUAAAUAGUCCCUCAAAUUAAGCUUGAUGAAAGUUUCAGUGAUUGACAACAGUUGGUGGCUUCAUUCAAAUCCGUUCAUUAGGCUAUUAUACUAUAACUGGCAAAAGUUUUAAAAGAUGGAAUGUCUAGUUCAAUUCAUAGCCAAAGAUGUUCCUCGAAUUGAAGAUAUUUUAAGUGCAUUCAAAUAUUAGCUUUCCUCAUGAGAAAUUUUCAAGCAUAUUUUAAUUUGGUAUCGUGUAUAAAAUGUGUGUACUGGUAACACAAUGCUUUCACAGAAACGUAAUGCUUUGGAACGAUUUAUCAAAUAUUCAAACUGGCAACUUGAUUACAAAUAGGCUGCAUAAAGGUCUAAUUCGAUGUAAAGUUGUUUUUGUAUUACUUUCUAAGUAGGUAUGUUUACCGAGAUCAGUGUUAAACAUUAGUUGAAGAUGUAUUAAUUGUGGUAAAUUUAGCUGUAAAAUGUGUUUUAUUUUUAUUUUAGGGUAAUGUCUGAUUAUUUUACUAACUACAAAUAACCAAAGGACAAUACCCAAAGAAAGUCAUUGAUGAGAACAAUCUCUUUAUGGAAUUUAAAAAAUAUUUUUUACAUUUUAAGAGCAAAAGACAGUUUGUAUUGUCAAUGUUUGGGGAAAGUGUUUAUGUAAGCUAGAUUUAUGUUUAGUUUCUAAGAUUGUACCUGACUAUAUGACUUAUUACAUGGAACAACAGAAUCCAAUAAUUGUUGUUCCGUUGUUGUUGUUGGCCAAUCCUAGGACACAAGUGCAAUAUUUACAUUAUUUAAAUAAUUGUUAUUUUAGAUAAG